AUGAAGACUUCCCUGAAGCGUCUGCAGAUCAAACGAACCAACUGGGGAGACCUCGCCCGGGACCGACCGACCUGGCGGAAGACAGAAAAGACAGGCACAGCGAUCUACGAGGCUAACCGCAUCCCCGCCACCAAAGACAAACGCGAGACCCGCAAAUCUCAACAACGCCCACCGUGCAGUGCCAACAAUCGACCACCCCCGAUCUGCCCACGCUGUCAGUGGACAUUCUGGGCACCAAUCCUAGGACCUCUUCGUAUCAACUGCAGCACCCGAACUACACCAUAUGCUGUCUCCUCGUCCAACUCUGCCUCAUCCUCCACUCCAGCAACUAACAGUGAACCCCCACAAUCAUCCCCCCCUUCCCCCCACCUCCUCCCCUCCAUCCUCCUCCUCCUACUCCGCCACCGCAUAAACAUCCGCUAUGGCGGAUCCUGUACCCACAACCACUGCACACAAUCCUGA